CCCAGUGGGCCGCGGUGCGCAGUCAGGUGCUGUUCGACGGCGCACCAGUGAGAGAGAGAGAGAGAGGGGAGGGGGACAGACCUCGUGGUGCUCCGGCCGGGGUGAUGCGCGCCGCAGCGCCGGGCCGCGCGGGUCGCCGACGUAGUUGAGUGCGUCGUGGUCGUCCCGACGAGCCGCCAUGGGCUGGACGCUGGUCGCCGCCGCGUGCUUGGUGCUGCUGGGGUCGCGGGGCGGGCUCGCGGUGCGGAUCAACAACCUGCUGGUGCCGCCCACCGUGCGCACCAACUCGGACAAGCCGGUCAUCCUCGACUGCGACUACACGCUGAAGCAGGGCGAGGACGGCCUGGUGGUCAAGUGGUUCUUCAACAACACCCCGGCGCCCGUCUACCAGUGGAUCCCGGGCCAGCGGCCCCAGGAGCUGGGCAUCUUGAAGGGCCGGCUGAACCUCAACUACGAGGCGUCCGACAACCACGUGACCAAGCACCGCGCCCUCUACAUCGUCAACCCCACCACGGACCUCACGGGCGAGUACAAGUGCUUCGUGUCCACGUUCAACGACGAGGACUUCAUGACCAAGAAGAUGGUCGUCUUCGCUGAAGGAAGGAAUUUCGAGUUCUCGCAGCAGCGCAAGCCGGACGAGGACUCCAUGAACAUAUCGUGCCGCGCCGAAGCCCUCUACCCGGAGCCCAAGAUGGUCCUCUACAAAGACACGGGCAGCAAGGACAAGAAGGCGGUGGAGGGCGCGCUGGUGCACACGUGGCUGCGAGACGGCCUGUUCGGCAUCAACGCCACCAAGGCGCUGCGGGACGACGAGCUGCAGUCGCCCACCAUGUUCGACUGCGAGCUGCACAUCCCCGACGCCAACUACGUGGUCAAGAAGUCGCUGGUCUACUACCCCGGUCUGGAUCAGCCAACAAGCGAAAAUUCCAGCAUCAUCGCGACAGAAUCUGUGAGUGAAAAUUUCACUUUAUCUCCCACAACAACAGCUUGAAGAAAUCACUUUCAAGGAAAACUCUUCAAAGGAAAUGGCAUCCUAUUAACAGAAGACAAACUUCAAAAUGUGUGCUUAUUUUCUGUAAUAGAGUUAUUUAAAAGUGUUGGGAUCAACCUCUUUCAAGCGACAUAGAUAUUCAGCAUGUCGUGUGUACGGUGAGACCCAUUGGGAAGAAAUUCCUAACUCUUUUUUCAAGACUAUUAAAGAAGCAUUAGUAUAGCGUUUCCAUCAACUUUGUGCAUUUCAAUUCAAUUAAAUGAUAACGGUGGAUGAUUUGUAUGAGUGUACAUAAUAAAGCGAGUAAACCAUUUUAUUACAAACUAUACAGGGUAUAACAUGAGAUUAGUUGCCAAAGAGUAAUUAAAACAUUAAUUAAAUGCUGUUUUGAGUCUAUUAAAGUGUUUGCUCUGCUGAUACAUUGUAUAAAAUUUGAUUUAGAUUUAUGUCAGGAAAAUAGAUUACUGUAAGACGUACACACGAAAUGUGUUAGUGCAAAUAUAUUUUCAGUCAUAAUGCACUUAAUAAUUGAAUAUCAUGAGAUCUAAUUUUUUUUUAAUGUUGAACUUAAAUCUAAAGGGUUACUUUUAAAAGCAGCAAAAAUUGUUAUAAAACAACUAAAUAACUUUGUUGCUUAAUUUAUUCACUCUGUUAUACAAACAGAAGAAAACAAAAGAUAAAAUGUUUAAGGAGAAAUAUAUAUGUAAGUUUAACCAAAAAGUCUUGUUUUUAUUGUACGUUUUAUAGCUGCAACGAAGGCCUAAGUCGUGCCACUAAAGUAUGGAUAUUUAGUUUGACAAUUAAUAAAACCAUAGUCAUUGGAAUGAAAUUGAAGCUUAUAAAAUUACAGUCUUCAUUGUUAUAGGAAGCAUUUUAUCUUCCCUUUAAUAUAAAACGUUAAAUGUUUUUAUCCUAAUCGGUGUAUUCAUCUGUAAUUUUAUUACUUUAUUGUUUACAUUAGUCAAAUGUUGUAUUUUCUAUAAUUACUGAAAUAAUCGGCAGCACUUGAAAAUUUGAUAUAAGUACCUAAAAAACUUUAAAUGAAAACCGGUUCCAGUUAAAAAGCUAAAAUUUAUUUUCUCUAUUAAGUGUGGCCAAUUUAUAGUAUAUACCAGGAUCGCUAUUUGUUCUUUAUUAAAUAAUUAUUCAAAGUAAGAUAAUUUAAAAUAUCGAUGAUUUAAACUUCAUUAUCUAAAAAAUUCUAAAAAAUAAAAUCGGCCUUAAAAUAUCUUUAAAAAGUAAAAUUUACUAAUAAAUUCCAACCUAAAGCCUAAUUAAAAUAAUUUUGGAAUUUACAAUAUAAAGCAAAAAUCUGGUAUUUUAAGAAAGUUAGUGAAAUACACUGAAUCAGCGAUGAUUAAUGAAAAUAUGUAUCUUAGAAUUAAACGUUAAUAACUACUCUCACAGUAGCUGAAUACAUUCAGUUUUGGAUUUGUUAAAAUGUAGCUAUUAUAAAAAAUUAAAAAAUAUACAUAUAAAAUUGUGAUCCCAGUCGUUUGGUAAUAAUUUUACUGGCUAAUUCUCUGCAGGCAACUUAGCUUACUACUUUACAAAUACGAAAACGGACUUUGACUUAGUUACCUUAGAUAGCCAAUAUUUUGCAUAAUGAAAGUAGUUUAAACAACCUGUUUGAAACGUGGUGUCUUUAAAUCUCUCAACAAAAUUUUUAAGAUCAUUUUAAUUGUUUUAAUAUUGAAAUACCAACCAUGAUACACUAUAAAAUUUAUUUUAAAUACUUUACGACCGAUAAAAAAUUUUUACACUUUUAUUAUUAUGUAAUAGUAAUUUUUAUAUUUUGUCCUGGUUAAAAGUAAAUGUUUUCUUUUUCCUCCAAAACACAUUUAUUUGUAGCAUUUAACUGGCACUAGCCAAAACAAAUAAAUUUUUAAAUAUUUGAAAAUAGAAAGAAUAAUUAUAAAUUGAUUAUUUGGGAUUGGAUUGGAAUGUUGAAGAAGCGUAUGCACUUACGCAAAUAAACAAAGGUACAUAACAUGUUUUGAUAUGUAUACAAGUACAUAGUUCUAAAGUUUAUAUAUAAAGUUGUAUGUAAAAAUAAAUAAUUUUCAAAAUUU